CUCUGUCGUCGAGUCUCCUCCCUUUAUGCCAGACUAUCCACUAAUGGGCCGGACCAGCUCCGCACCACCCCACGCUGAGUGCCUCUAUGGACGGUGUACCCAUGCAUCACGACCACGGCGUUCCGCUCCAGCCACGCCUCGAUGAACUCGGAACCAUAUCUCCUUUGCAGUCAGCCUACCCUACGUAUGCCACUCCAUAUCCUGACAGCGCUGCAUCCUCAGCUCCCUCGGAAGACCCCAUUUAUACGGACCCCGCCGCAGACGAAGACAAGAGAAAGCGUAACCAGGCUGCAAGCGCGCGUUUCCGGCAGAAGAAGAAGCAGCGAGAGCAGCAGAUGCUUGAGCAGAGUCGGGAGAUGGUAGAUAAAACUAAGAAGCUGGAGAGCGAGGUCGACAACCUGAAAAGGGAGAACACCUUCUUGAAACGGCUUCUGGUGGAGAAGGUGGACAACAUGAGCGACAACGAGAAGGCCUUACUUGUGAAGACGACCGGACUAGGAAAUAAGGACUGAGAUGUGUGAUGUGGUUGAUGAACAACACAGCAUGUCAAUGAAGCCGGA